UUCCGCCGCCCGGCUGGGAACACGUGACCGGAAGGGCGCCUCCUCUUGGGAAAGGUCUCUGGGCUGAGGGCGGGGUGAGCGCGAGGCGUCCGGCCCGGAACGGCAACCGACCCCCGUCUCUGAGACGCGUCCUCUCGCAGCCGCGGCCCGGCAGUAGGGGACAAGCAUGGUCUCCGCCAAGCAGCUCGCGGACUUUGGGUAUAAGGCCUUCUCAGGCUCCAUGAUGCUUCUGACCGUCUACGGGGGCUAUCUCUGCAGCGCCAGAGUUUACCGUUACUUCCAGCGCCAAAAAGCCCUGAAGCAGCUUGAACAGAACCAGCUAAACUCAGGGAUCAUUGAGGACUGAAUCCUGCUUUCUGGCUGGCUGCAUGCCCAGAGACAUUUAAUGAGCAACUGGGAGACUGUUGAGAUUACUUCUGCUGCAGUAAUCAGGUAGCAAGUGCAAUCCUUCCCGAUCACAAAUGAGGGCUAGCUUAGAUCAUUUGGGGUUUUCCUCAGGCACACUAAGGUGUCUUGAGUUUUUCUGCACUAGUGAGAUGUUACAAAGUAACUCUGUGUAAGCAUCUGUUUUGAUCAUGUGGUGAUUAAAUAUUUUACUUGCUUC